CAUUCAAGGUCCUCGCUCGUCGUCGGUCACAUUUGUGAUUUCUAUGUAACGGUCCUCAAGAUCUCUGACGGUCGUGUGUGUGCAUUGAAGAUUGGCAAGCAGCCCCGAGUCAAUCAGCUACCUGUCCAUUCCCACGCUCUGACAAGAAUUGCACGAAAGAAGCCGCGACCACAAGCGCAUUCGAGACAACAUGUCCCUGCCUCAAGAUCCCACGGCUACUCUUCAAUCCCUCCAAUCAUCCAUCGCACACCUCUCUGACGUUCUCGACCCUGUCCUUUGCCAAAAGCUGUCGGUGCUGAGCCAACAACUAGAGAGUGGAUCUUCCCAAUCCGACGUACAAGUUGCUUCCGACCACGCUUCGAAUGGUCAAGCGGAAUCGAGCAGGAGCAAGAGUAAUGACGCAGCGAAUAGGAAAGAAUCGGGUGGAAGGUUGGACAGUGCCAGAUUGAACAUCAGCGCGGCGUACGUCUUGUUAGACCUGGUAUGGAUGUAUCUCAGAGUAAACUCCAAAGAUCCCAAGACGCACAACGUCACAGCCUCUUUGGAACGCGUCAAGAACUAUUUCCAAAAAGUCGCAGUUGCUCAACGAAAGUUGCCGCGACUUGCACCGCCAGCUUCGAGCGGAGGGGAUGGCACAAAUGCCGGCGCAGGAUUGGAAAAGCUGAAAGCUGCCGGUUUUGGAAAAGAGGAGCGGAGAAUGCCGGUGGAUGGUGUAGCAGCUGGACGUUUCGUCAAGGCCGCAUUGGACAGAGGAGCAGGCAAAUCCACCUCUUCCAAGUCUUCCAAAUUCGACUCAAAAGGUUCUCAUACGCGAUUUGAGGAUCAAGACGAUGACGAUGAUGCUCCGAAUUCCAGUCGUGCAUCUCCAUCUACCUCAUCUCUCCCCAAACAGAAGAAUGAGAAACACCAAAAGUCCAAAGCUUUGGAUGCGAAUUUGAGCAAGAAGGACAAAGUUGCCUCCUCAACGCAACAGGAGGUCAGCGACAAGAAGCGCAAAUCGAGCGAGUCCGCUGCAAAGGUCAAUUCGACCGACUCUGAUCCUUUAUCCCAGGAAGCAAAAGCUCUUCGUAAAAAGCUCAAAGAGGCCAAAUUGGCCAAAAAGGCAACGUUGCGGUGAAGGAUGGCAUGAUUCCGCUCGGGAUAUCUGGCAGCUUGCCGCAUCGAUCUGAAGGUUGCCUGGCUUGCGUUGUGUGACCAGCGUCCUCCUGCACUGCGACUGAAUCGAGCAUCCAUACUCAAUCUCACAUCGAUCAGCCCUAGAGACCGAUCGCCGAAAUCUCGUCUUACUCGCGUAGCAUUACAUGUUCGAGAUUAUGUGCA